AUGAGUACCUCGCGAGCACAACUUGCGAUGUUACAAGGCGACGGCCGUACAAGGCGGCAACUCGGCGGCUUAGAAGCACUUGAUGGAGACUAUUUAUCCAAGUCGACAAAUUCCACCAACGAGAUCCUUACCUUGAAGUAUGGCGAAAGUCAAAUCAAAUUGGGGCCCUUGCAGAUGUCGGCAGACCGAAUGCAGUGGGAAGUACGUGCGUUGACCUCAGCCGCCUUCGCCCGCGCGUGCGCACAGGAGCCCGCUGUCGAGGUGCCGCGGGUGGUGACCUCCACCAAGGAAGCCGUCAUCAUGAGCUGGGCGGGCAAUCGUGACCUCCUGUCCGCAUACCGUGAGGACUGCGCCCUGGAUGCAGCAUAUGUCGGCGCGAGUUUGGGACGAUGGCUCGCCCAUCUGCAUCUGACCAGUAUGGAUGAUGCGGAGAUUAAGGACUGCACCAACGCAACAGCGUCCAUGGAGAUGGAUCAAGCAUCGGCCGUGUAUCAGACCGUCACAUGCGUUCGUGCCUUGACGGCGUGGGACUUCCGGCCCAUGAAUACUCUAUUACGGAAUAGUGACUCUCCCUCUCGGCCACGGAUCACGGUCGUGGAUUGGGAGGUCAGCGGCUAUGCCGAUCCCGCCUUCGAUAUCCGACUCUGGGUUGCAGAAGCGAUCGUCAUCGAGGCCAAACACGGCGCGGAUCGCGGCCUGCUCAAGUCCUUUUUGACCGCGUACCGCCGCACCGCGGGAGAGCGCAUCGUCACGGAAGAAUUUGCGUGCAGGGUGGCUGUGCUGGCUGGCGCCUUGUGGAUGCUGCUCAUGCCUGCCAGCAUUUGGAACUGUACUGCCGCAGAUCGGGAGCCAUGGUUGCAAAAAGCUAGAGACUACGUCCGGGCGGGUAUCACUGCCGACCGGGCUUGGUUGCUGAGGAGCAGCAUUGCGCCAUUGCUAUAG